AUGGCUUGGAACACCUUCCAAGCACAUGUGGAGGAACUUAUAGCUCCAAAACAAAAUGAUGAAGAUAACCUGAUUGAGGAGAAAUAUGAUUUCUUCACUAAUUAUGUGGAAUGUAUGGUGUCAAUAGGUUGGUAUAAUCCUAAAAGGAUGCACAGAAUGGGUUACAAGAUACACGGUUGGUCUGAAGCACAUGACAGAAGAGUGGAUCCAAAAGAUGCAGAAGAUAUACAGGAGGUGAGUGAAGCAGAAGAUAAUAAGAACUUGAAUAAGCUUGCUCCCGGUUCUGAUGAGGAGUCAACUGAAAGGACAAAUGCAAGCUCCCAUUCUUAA